AUGUCCGGUCUCGAGAUUGUCGGCCUUGCCGCCAGCGUGAUUCAGAUUGCCGAGCUGGGCGGAAAGCUGUCCGUCAGGCUUUUCACUUUCUCGCGGAAGAUCAAAAACGCCCACCAGAGCAUUGACAGUAUCUCUCAAGAUAUCGCUGCCACGGGCGCCGUCCUGGCCCAACUUGGGAAUGAGCUGCGCAAGGAAGACAAUUUGAGGCUGCGCUCGCCUGCCGCGCUUGCGACGACGGAAAACUUGGUCGAGAGCUGCAACAAGCUGUUCACAGAGCUCAAUGAAGCCAUCGACGGUGGCGAGAGCGGCCACAAGCUGAUCGCCGAGUUCAAGAAGCGGCUCCGCUUUCCCUUUCUUGAGCCUCAGAUUGAGCUGCUGCGAUCCAACCUCGAGAGACUGAAGACUUCACUGCUCGUUAUACUCAAUGUGCUGAUCUUGGCCGAGCAACUUAGAAGUCAGAAAGACAGUGAAAUCUUGAAAGAUCAACACGAACUGUUGCGCACAUUAAUCAAAGAAAAAGACACGAGCGAACAAAAUUACAAACGAGUUCUCCAGGCUGUAGAAGCCUCCAAGGGCCCAGAAGGGGCGCAGUCAGACCCAGACACCUGCGGAGUUGGUGAGCAGGAUAGCGCUUCCUGCAACUUGUUGCAAGCAAACACACAGGCUACCUCAGCUGCCAGCAAUGACGAUGCAGCAACUAGUGGGCUCGCCGUUGACCUGCCACUGGCCAUCGACAAUCACACACAACUUGCUGACCACUGUCUGCUCAUUGGUAAAAUAUUACAGGAGAUCGGGGUUGUCAAGUACAGGAUAGACUACGGUCAACGAGACAGAGUGCAAAAAGCAGUACUCAAGGUGCACUGGGACGAAUGGACCCACCUGCGCAAGAAACACGGCGACAAGCGCCUCCUAGAACUCUUUACAGCGUUGAGACAGCAUGAAGUGGCUCAAUACUGGAGGCAGACAGCGGAGACACAGGAAGAAUUUGAAGCCCAGCAGCCAGAUGCCUCUUUCGAGGCCGUCGUUCGGUCAGGAACCACACAACAGAGUUGUCAGGAUUUGGCCGUUAACAGAGCGACAUCGAACUCGACAAUCAGAGACGAACAGGAUAAGGUCGAAUCAGAAAACCCUCAAUCAAGGCCCAUGCUUUCACGAAACCAGGACCGUGAAAGCUCAGGAACGAACACUGAAAGCCAGCCGGUGACGAGCAGGCCUCCACAACUGGCAACUGCGCAGGAACCGCUAUUGGUCAAGAGCAGCUGGUUCAAAAACCGGUUAAACAGUAGAGUCCUGCAGUCGAGAAGAAUGGAGGAUCGAGAAAACAGCAUCGAGGGGGAUGAUAGCGAUCGAGCGAUCAAAGACUUGCUAUCAGGCCUGGCGAAUGAAACAGAGAUUGAGCAGCUAGCUCAUACGCUCAAGCCAACAGACUUUCCCACAGAAGCGUUCCCUGGCUGUUUCUGUAAAGGGGCGGUCCGGCUCCUUUCCACCAACGAAAGGGAUCAAAAACGCGCCUUUUCCAUUUUCAUACGCCCCUUAGGUUUCGUGGGCACCAGCCGUUGCUUCGAAUGCAGUGGAUGUAACUAUCAAGUGCUCGUCCCCCUACGCUCGAAGCUCGGUGGGAAUGCAGGUGAGACGGAGGAGAGCUUUGAGACAACAGUCAGAGAGAGUCGCUGCGGGGUGAGGUACAAAUGGGCGUUUCUAGCGAAAUGUCACGUUCGACCAUCCAACGCCACAUCCAUGGUACAGAAAAACCUAGGCUUCAGGAUGUUCGCCUGCAUUUUUUGCUGCGCAAUGGUCAGUGCUAUGGGCGUGCCUGGCAAAUUUGCAUCAGGAGGCGUGCCCAUGUUUGACAGCGUGGACACUUUCAUGGAGCAUUUGACCGUGGCGCACAGAGACAGGGGAGCCUGGCCAAAGGCCGACACACUGACCAGGAUGAAGUGCAUUGUAGGGCGAGUAGCGAGGGCAGACGAAGACUGGGAUAUCAAUCUGCCGCCGCUGGCUGUUGGGCAGGAAUUCUGCUAA